AGGAGGGAGCAGGACGUGUAAGUGCGGCUCUUUGGGGUCAGCUCAGACUUGAACAACCGGACUCCCGGUGGGCUUGUUCUAGAACUUUCAGACGCACCCGAGAUGGAUCCCAGAUGCACCAUGGAAUUGGGAACCCUCUUUGUAAUGGUCUUCGUGUUCUCGGAUGCUGCUCUCCUGAAGAGACAAGCUUAUUUCAAUAGGACUGCAUACCUGCCAUGCCCAUUUACAAAGGCUCAAAAUAGAAGCCUGAGUGAACUGGUCAUAUUUUGGCAGGACCAGAAAAAGUCAGUUCUGUAUGAACACUAUUUGGGCAAAGAGAAAUUCGAUAAUGUGGAUGACAAGUAUCUGGGCCGCACAAGCUUUGAUGGAGACAACUGGACUCUUCGACUUCAUAAUGUUCAGAUCAAGGACACGGGCUCAUAUGAUUGUUUUAUACAAGAGAAAACACCCAAAGGUUCAGUUAUCCUCCAGCAGACAGAUACGGAGCUGUCAGUGACUGCUAACUUCAGUGAACCUGAAAUAGAGUCAGUUCCAAAUAUAACAAGAAAUUCUGGCAUAAAUUUGACCUGCUCGUCUAAGCAAGGUUAUCCAAAACCUAUAAAGAUGUAUUUUUGGAUAACUAAUUCAACUAGUGAGCAUGAUGAGGACAUGCAGAUAUGGCAAGACAAUGUCACAGAACUGUUCAGCAUUUCCAUUAGCCUAUCUGUGCCAUUCCCCGAUGAUGUGUUCAAUGUGACAGCCUUAUGUGUUCUGGAAACUGAGUCUAUGAAGAUUGUCUCCAGACCUCACCAUAUAGUUCUUCCAGAGCCCCAAACUGGUCAAAAGGAAAAUUCGUCCUGGAUUGCAGGUGCCGUUGCAAUUGUCUUUAUUGCGGUCUUCCUUGGAAUUCUGCUGCUGCUGCUCCUGGUAAAAAAAUGCCUGAGGAAGCAGGAACAACCUGGCAUCUCUUAGAAAGAAAUCAAAAUGGAGAGUGAAGAGAGAGAG